AUGCAAGCACCAUUUGACGACGAGCAGGAGAUGGAAGAUGAGGAGGAGGAGAACAAGCUCAUAAACGAGGAAUACAAGACUUGGAAAAAGAAUGCGCCGUAUCUCUACGAUUUGAUCAUAACUCACGCGCUGGACUGGCCGAGUUUGACCUGCCAAUGGUUUCCCGACAAGGACCAAUCCUCAGAUAAGCCCUACACGACACACCGCAUGUUGCUGGGCACACACACAUCCUCUCAGGCGCCCGACUACCUUCAAAUCGCCGAGGUCUACAUCCCGAAACGGAGCGGUCCCGGCGCGGACACGCUCGACAACAGCAACUACGACGACGCACGUGGCGAACUUGGUGGACACACACUACCGACCACUCCGCGCAUUAGCAUAGUGCAACGCAUCAACCAUGCCGGCGAGGUCAACCGCGCGCGAUACAUGCCGCAGAACCCGGAUAUGCUGGCAACGAAGGCUGUUAGUGGCGACGUACUUGUCUUCGAUAGGACACGCCAUCCAAGCGACCCGGAGAAGAGCGGAGUAUGUAAGCCUGAUAUCAAGCUUGUCGGCCAGUCGCGCGAAGGGUUCGGGUUAGCGUGGAAUCCGAACAAGAAGGGCCACAUCAUCGCUGCGUCUGAAGACCAGACGGUCUGCCAUUGGGACCUCAAUGCGUACACAAAGGGUGAGGCUACACUCAGUCCCGUGAACAUCUUCGCGGAGCAUUCGUCAGUCGUUGGCGACGUGGACUGGCACGCAACAGACGAGAACAUGUUUGCGAGUGUUGGUGACGACAAGAUGUUGAAGGUCUGGGAUCUGAGACAGAAGGAGGCUGCAAUGUCCGUCCAGGCUCAUGACCAGGAGAUCCUAGCCGUCGCGUUCGCGCUCAAACCCGACCACUCGCAUCUCAUCUUGACUGGUAGCGCCGACAAGACGAUACACAUGCGCGAUAUUCGCAAACUCGAUAAACCCGAACACGUCUUCGAAGCGCACACUGACGAAGUCCUUCACCUCGCAUGGUCUCCGCACAAUCCUUCAAUCUUUGCCUCCGCCUCAUCCGACCGUCGCAUCAACGUUUGGGACAUCGCACGCAUAGGCAUCGAACAGUCCCCCGAUGAUGCCGAAGACGGUGCACCCGAGCUUCUCGAGGAUAACGUGGUCAUGGUCUGGCAGCCGACGACACAUGUCUGGGCGGGAGACGAUCUCAAGGUCAACCCUGAUCAGCUUGAGGCGAGCGAGCCUAUGGAGGUCGAGGGCGGUGUGCCAGGCGGUAGCGGGACACAGAGUAUGAGCAUGAGUCGCAGCGGGAGUGCUGAGAUGGACGAGAGCUAG